UUUACCAGUCUUUAUUUUGAAACGAUUUUCACGGACUUUGAAACUGAGUAAUAUACUGAUUGAUUAUAACAUUUUGGCUACCAACUUUAUUGAACUUUGUUACUGAUUUUUUGCGUUUUCUAUUGACGAAAUUUUGCAAAUUCGAUUUCAAACAUUUUUAAAAUGGGAAGUUUGAGAAGAGUAACAUCCGGAGCUAUUGUCGUUCUUAACAUACUCAGUUGUGUCCUGAUGUGGGUGUGUGUGUUCUCCAAAUCUGAUUGGGUGAAAGAAAUCAGAGCAGAUGAGAGUCCCUUCAUUAACCGACAGCAAUAUGGCUUUAGUGAUCUAUGGAGUGAAAUGCGGGAAGUAAGAAGUGCUGACCUGUGGCGACUGCACUUUGACCCCGACUGGUCGCGAGGGGGGUCAACAUACAAUGUCGGCAGGAAUAUUCCACUCGCCCCUAGAGAUCCUCAACUGACUAUUGGCGUUGUGUUCCUCGUCAUUGGGUGUUUCAUACCCCUAGUCCAGAUAGUCCUCCUCUCCACACAACUGGCUCUCGGCCCAGUAUCCCUCAGAAGUCGAGCCUGGGAUGUGAUUGAAUUUUGGGUCUCAAUCAGUGCUCUUCUGACGGUGUCAAUCGGAUCAGGAUUAACAGUGAGCUACAUGCUUGAAAACUUCUCCUUCGACGUGUACGGGCCAUCUUUUUACAUGCUGUUCAUCGCUCUUUCAAUGCUAAUUCUCUCCAGCUUAAUCUCAGCUGUCAAAAUCUGCACCUCACCCAAAAUCACCAAAGCCCAAAUGCAACGAGCAGGGGGGCAUGUCAGGAACUAUCCAGGCGGCAAUGCGAUGAUGAUGAGUUCAGGAAACAAUCGGCCGCCGUUGUCUGCGACAAUUGGAAGCAGAUCGGGUACCCUGGAUAGAAACAGAGGCGGGGGAGGAGGUGGAGGUGGAGGUGGGAAUAACGACUACUACCUUCCACCCACCAGCGGCAAUGCCAUGAUGAUGACUUCAACAAACAAUCGACCCUUGUCUUCGGCAAGUGGAAGCAAAUCGGGUACUCUUGAUCGAAACAGAGGCGGAGGAGGGGGAGGGGGAGCAGGGAACAACGACUACUACGCACCAAACGCCAACAACUACAACAACCAAUACUACAAGUAAUUGAACGGUUAAACUCAAAUAAUUUUGGUUGUGCUUGAAUUUAUA